AUGUCAAUUAUCGACGGCAUAGAAACAAGGAGAGACUCGGGCGCCUCCUCAGCGUCAGCAGCGUCGUCAUCUUCAAAAAAUUCCAUCUCAAAAUCCCCAAUCUUCACAACAGAAUCCACCCCCUUGGUGAGAGGAAUUGUGGAAGGCAGGAACACCCACGACCCAGAAGCCGAUGGAAAAAGCGAAUCUGUAUCUCCUCUAGGUCGCCAUGUGGGACCAUUGACGGUUGUGGCCCUCAACUUCAGCCAGAUGAUCGGUACUGGCAUCUUCGUGGCGCCAGGAACAAUUCUCAACUCGGUAGGCUCGAUAGGAGCCUCUCUGGUUCUAUGGAUGUUUGGCAUAGUCGUGUCCUUCUGUGGGUUCUCGCUUUACACCGAAUUCGCCUCUCUGUAUCCCAGCAGAUCGGGGGGAGAAGUGGUGUAUCUGGAAAAGGCAUAUCCACGACCCAAGUUCAUGGUACCUGUGACAUUUGCUAUUUGCACAGUUCUUCUGAGCUACUCAGCAUCAAACGCCAUUGUCUUCGCUCAGUACUUUAUGGUAUCUCUUAACAUCAAACAUACAGACGGAAUGGAGCAAUUUGUGGCUGUGGCUACCUCUGUGGCCGUCUGCAUCAUCGCUAUUGUUGACACCAAGUGGUCCAUGCGUUUGCAGUCGGUCAUUGCCUAUAUCAAGGUGGGAAUUCUCAUCUUCGUCGCAACCACUGGUCUGGCUGUUAUUUCCGGAGUCACCAAGAUUGAAAAACCACUCGACAACUUCAAAAACCCAUUUUCUGGAACUUCCACAUCACCGAACGUCUGGGCUGCGGCUCUGGUGAAGGUAAUUUUCUCGUUUGCGGGCUGGAACAAUGCCAAUAACGUGCUUAAUGAGAUCCCCAACCCAGUUAAGACUGUCAAGAUCUACGGAUCAAUAGCCCUUGCUCUGGUUUCGGUUUUGUACAUGGUUUGUGCUGUUGGAUACUUUGCUGCAAUCCCUAAACAGGAGAUCAAAGACUCGAAACUACUGACUGCAGCUCUCUUCUUCACCAAAGUGUACGGAGAUGAGUCGACAACAAGAAUCUUGCCCUCUUUGAUUGCCAUCUCUUCCUUUGGAAACCUCCUGUCUGUUACAAUUGGACACUCUAGAGUCGUCAGAGAAGUAGGACGCCAAGGAGUCCUCCCCUAUCCUGCCUUCUGGACAAACACUUGGGCAUUUGGAACACCUGCAGGACCUUUACUGGUCAAGUUACUGCUCACAAUCAUUGUCAUCAUGGUCCCUCCUCCAGGAGACGCGUUCAACUUUGUUAUCGACUUGCAGUCAUAUCCCAGCAACGUCUUCCUGGUAUUACUGGUAAUUGGUCUGUUUUUAAUCCGGAAGCGAAGACGAACCCAGGGCCUCCCAAGUGCACCUUUUGAGGCCUGGGAUUGUGUUCUGUACCUCUACUUGGGAGUAUCCCUCUUCCUCCUGGUUGCUCCUUGGAUCCCUCCUCCCGGAGGAAAGUACGGAGGAGAUGUCUCGUUCUUCUACGCGACCUAUUGCAUUGUGGGCAUUGCAAUUCUUGCUGUCUGUGGUCUCUAUUACUUCUGGUGGGCGGUCAUCUGGCCCAAGCUCGGCAAUUUCAAACAUGUAGAGGUUCUUGAGCGGCUUCCUGACGGUUCAGUGUUCACAAGAAUUGUUAGACAGAAGAAUUCUUUUUAG